AGUUGAUCUCUUGCUUAUUUGGACUUCGGAGCUUGGAUACUUACUAGAAGUAUUUGACGGGAUGGCUUCAGCUUCACCAUACGGCAGAGGAAUCGUCGGUCUUUGGAAGAAAUGCUGGGAUCAGAUCCCUGGAGUGACGAUAACUACAAUAAUGGCAGCCGGUAGCUUAGUGGCAGGCGUGUAUGCUGUUUACAAACAUGAAAAAUCUGGCUGUUUUGACCCAAAAUACAAAACGGAUUUUGUCAUUUACAGAUCAGACGAUCCUAGAGCAAAAAGGCCUACCCGGGAAUUCUGAAUUUCUGAGAAUACAAAGAUAUCUAGUUGUUAAUUUUUAAAGCAAAAAAAGUAAUAAAUUACAGUUAAACUUUUGAUGUGUUAUUUUUAACAACCUGUUUAAAAUUUUUAUACUUCUUGGGAAACUGGGUGGUACUUAUAUUAAACUUAUUGCAUCUGUAGAAUAACAGAGAGAAAAGUUAAUCUGGCAGAUAAAAGAGAAUAAAUUAUUCCUAGUUUCCUGUUUAAUAAUGGGAAAUGCUAAUGAAAGAUCAAAAAAUAUAAUUUUUUGUUAUCUUUUGAAAGGAAAGGUUUGCCUUUUCUUGAAUGGUCAUGCGUUUCCGUCUGAAAUUCAGUUUUCUGACUUGAGCAGUGUCCCUUUUAAAAAGUUAAAUUUUGACAUUUACAUUUCUCUCCCCCUCCUCUCGAAUAAUUUGAAAAUUUAUACCGAAUCCGGCCUUAUUAUCCCCAAAGGCAAAAGAUGGUGAGAAUACUGGCGUUCUCUUGGUUUCUAAUAGGAACGAUGCAGUUUUUAACCACUCAGAAAUACACAACGGACGUUUCAAUAUCUUUAAUAUGCAGAAGGGAACGCAUGCUGAUCAUCGGGUUGGAAGGUCCUGAGUACAACAAUUAUACCAUUAGCGUUUACGACGACGUUCUGAUUCAAAAGAAAGAAUUUUCAGUUUUGCCCAAAAUAUACGCUAUAAAAAAAUUAAAGAGUGACAUUUUGUAUGAAAUACGACUGAAUUUUAAUUCAAACGACACCGAUAGAGAAAUUAUUUCUCACUUUUCUACUCUCUCUGAUGAUUACAAUUUGACGAGGGUGGUUUUUGCAAAUUUCACUCAAAUCCUGAGCAGAGGAUCGCUGUUGUCUUUGAUUUUAUCCUGGACACCGGGGCCCGAGCGAAUAUGCGAUUAUGACAUACUCAUAUGGGCCAAGGGAUACAUGCAAGACUUGGUGCAAAUUUCUCCAGAGUACCACGAGUUAUACAAUACUGAACUUCAGGAUCUUCGGUUUUCGACAAAUUACUCGGUCGCCAUUUACCCGUACACCGAAGGGCGCGAAGGUCCGAAGUAUUGGGUCAAUUUCACGACGCCUUCUUGCAACGAGAUCAACGAUUACAACUAUACGAUUUGCCAACCGGCCGAACCAGAAGGUCUAACCAUCAAAGAGAAAGAAUGCAACGUAACCGUAAACUGGUCUCGCCCUUUCGUAAAUCCAGACUCGUACGUCUUUGAAAUUGUACCUCAUAACGGAAGUUACGAACGUUUCCAUACUGAAAUUAACGGGAAUGAAAGCUUUUUUUCCUUCGAUGCCCACAACUACAGCGAUUUUUUCACCAUUUUCUUGAAAGCCGAAGCCAUUUCAGGACAAAGCCAGACUGUUUAUAAAGAGCAUAAAAAUCUAUGUUAUGAAUCAGAAGAAAGUAAUAAUUCAGCGAAUUUUAACAUGUUAUUGCUUUAUUAUACAAUACCUUCUGUGCUGGUCAUGGCAGUGACUUUCUCUUUGAUCUGUCUCGCAGUAGUUAAAGUGAAAAAAACUAUAGAUUUAAACACAACAGAAGAUGAUCCUAAAGUAAAAGAAAUGAAGCUUCCAAAUGAAUCAAAAUACUUACAAGUGGACGAUCUAGAGUAUGAAAUCCCAAAAGAAAACAUAACCCUUUUGGAAGUGAUUGGCGAAGGCGAAUUUGGCAUUGUUCAUAGGGCGAAAUACACUUAUGAGAAAGGCAAACAAAAAGACGUCGCUGUCAAAGUUCUAAAAGAACAUGCGACAUAUGAGGAUAAAAAACAGCUAGAGAAAGAGGUGGAAGUCAUGAAAAGGGUCGGAACUCAUGCGAACAUUGUUUCCCUUGUCGGCUACUGCAGCUCUAAUUUUCUUCUUGUCGUUGAAUACUGUAGCCAGGGGAAUUUGCAGAUUUUUCUUAGAAAUGUCUGGAAGACAAAGUUGCUUAUUAAAGAGUUAAACAAUUCAGGUGAGAUUCCAAAUGACACUGGCGUUUUUAAUUUUCUUUAUGGCAGAACAGAUUUAGAAAAGAAACAUUUAUCCUUGACGACAACAGACUUAAUAUCCUUUGCAAGGCAGAUCUCAAUCGGAAUGGAAUACCUAUCAAGGAAUAGAGUAAUUCACCGAGACCUGGCAGCAAGGAAUGUCCUCCUGACAUCAAACCUGACGGCGAAAAUAUCCGAUUUCGGCCUAAGCCGUGAUAUUUAUGAAGAGAACGUCUAUAAAAAGAAAACUGUCGCUAGACUACCUAUUAAAUGGAUGGCCAUAGAAUCAUUAGUACACCAUAUUUUUACUACACAGAGCGAUAUGGUCCUUUGGCGUUCUCCUGUGGGAAAUUAUGACUCUCGGUUGUUGCCCUUAUCCGACGCUCCUCUCAGGGAAUAUAUGCAAACUCUUGCUGCAGGGUUACAGGAUGGAACGGCCGCCAGCAUGCAGCGAGCAUCUCUAUGAUAUAAUGCUCUCGUGUUGGGACGCAGUGCCGCAAAGGAGGCCAACUUUUAGCACUCUGGUCGCACAAAUCGACUCGAUCCUUGAAGAUGAA